UCUUUUCCCACAGAUAUCAUCAAUGCCACCAAAAAAGAAGCAAAAGCUUGAAAAACUCGACAAACCCACCUUACAUACCUGCAACAAGACUUCCUUUGCAAAAGCUUUCCUGCCAAACUAUCACCAACGGCUUCUAGAUUACAUCACCAUCAUCCAUCAACUCACCAACCAUGCUUCCCAUGCUCUCAAAUUCUACAUCCUAUCUGCACCAACCUUCACUGUGAAUGAGGAGACCAUCGAAGCGAUUCUCUAUCUUCUCAACAAGGGGGAGGCUUGGCAUCCAAGAAAGGAAGCAAAGAAGGCAUGGCGGGAUUGUUUGCUGCCAUAUGUUCAAUGGUACUGCCAAAUCAUUGGCUUUGCUCACCCAAAUCUACAAGGUGAGCAGCAAUCAGUCAAUUACCUGACAGCAAGUAUGAUGAUGAACCUGAAAGUCAAUGUUCAAGAGCAUUUCAUGCAGAUGCUCCUUCAGUACAUUAAUCUGUGGCUUGAUGUGAAGGGACAGAAGCAGUGA